AUGUAUCAUGGACUGUAACCUAUCUAUAUCUAUCUUGUGAGUGACUCAACGUUGAGCAAGGCAACAAAACGAAAUGGGGUGUGCCUCUUCGAAGCGUAUCGAGGCAGCAAAAGCCCCAUACCGUCCAGCACCUGCGAGCUUCGCGGUGUUUGACAUCAACGCCAUAGAAGAGCCAUGGCUGAAGCACCUCAACAACACCAACCCUCUCCCCAAAGACAAACCCACACUACCCACCCCUAUUCUACAGAAACUCAACAUGUUCGACACCUCCGAAGCUCCUCAAUCCUGGGACGAGGUUAGCAAGACCCUCCAAGAACUCAAACCCGUAAUCAAGAAACCACCUUCCCCUUCACCUUCACCACCACAACAACCUCAACCUCCAGUUAAAAACAAGUCCUUCCGCACACUCGAAGAGUUAGAUGCCAAAUUCAACUCCAAGCCGGAGCCCAAGAAGGAAUCGAAAGGGCCCACUGAGAUGACGAGGAAAAUAAACGAGGCCCGAGCUGGCCCAAUUGAAGUUGAAGGGGGAAACAGCAUUAAGCCAGUGAAAGAUAACAUCUUCAUAGUGAGGGACCGCUUGGAGAGGCAAAAGGGAGAGAAGGAAUCGACGUACGAACGGUUGAGGAGGGACCCACUGAGCGAGUUUCCGGAGAGGUGUCCGCCGGGGGGAAACGACGCGGUGGUGAUAUACACGACGUCGUUGGGGGGAGUCAGGAAGACGUUCGAGGAUUGCAACAGGGCGAGGGAGGUGUUGGAGGGGCACAGAGUGGUGUACGACGAGCGCGACGUGUCGUUGCACGGUGAGUUUCUGAGGGAAAUGAAGGAGUUGGUGGAGGAAGGAGUGGCUCUGCCGAGGGUGUUUGUGAAGGGAAGGUAUGUGGGUGGGAUUGGUGAGUUGGUGGAGCUUAACGAGUCGGGUCGACUCGGGAGGAUACUGAAUGCGACACGUGUGGAGAGAGGGGUUGGGAGACAAGCGUGUGGAGGGUGUGGUGGGGCUAGGUUUGUUCCUUGUUUGGAUUGUGGGGGUAGUUGUAAGAUUGUGGUUUAUGGAGGUGACAAAGAGAGGUGCCCUAAGUGCAAUGAGAAUGGGUUAGUGCUUUGCCCUGCUUGUGUUUAACUCACUUUUCCUGUUUACUUUUACUCAAAAUCACUUCUGCUAUUAGCUAAUUAAUGAGGUUCUGAAAUACCCACUCAUUAAUCAUUAUGAAUCAUCCAGUCAUGUUAUAUAUUCCUAUUAUUUCAGCUUAUCCUUUUUUUUUUACAUACAUCUAAAAAAGGAAAAAA